AUGUGGAACGAUGAGGACAACAACCCUUAUGCCGAGGGCUUCGACCGGAGAGACAGCUUGACUUCCUCUUCAGCCAACCCGGCUUCUCCUACCACUCGUGAGUACCAGCGAUUCGACAUCCCGCAGACCCCGUCGACCACGAGCGACGAGGCACCCCAGAACCGCCCCCACGACGAUAGCGAGGUUGAGAGCAGUGACAAUGAGCCGAUCGCUAGAGACAGAGGCGAUAUUGUCCCGCUCCCGAAGCCCGGUGGAUACGAGAGUCGAGUCGAGCAGAUCCUCUGGGAGAACCCAUCGGUCACUAUCCUCAUUACGGAUGCGGGAAAGAGUGCGGAGAGCGGAGGAAAAUAUAUCGUCUAUACCAUCCGGACAGGGAACCUCGAAGUCCGCCGGCGCUAUUCCGAGUUCGCUUCUCUUCGCGAAGCGUUGACACGACUUCAUCCUACGCUGAUCAUACCGCCUAUUCCCGAGAAGCACACCAUGGCCGACUACGCUGCUAGCCCGACGAACGCGAAGCAAGACCAGCAGAUUAUUGACCUGCGCAAGCGCAUGCUCGCUGUCUUCCUCAACCGAUGCCGACGAAUGGACGAGGUCCGAAGCGAUGGUGUCUGGUGGAGAUUUCUUGACCCUAAUGCCAGCUGGAGUGAGGUAUUGCAUUCCCAUCCGGUGGCCUCGAUACCCAAAUCCGUUCUGAAGGCACCCCCCCUGGAUCCCGCAAACCCUACGCCUGCUCACAAUUUCCUUCCCGUACCAGCGACCUCAGCUAAGCUGAAGACGACGGGCGGCCCUGGUGUCGACCCUGGAGCAAUCUCCGGUACAGGUCCCCACGUCUUCGGCCGUUUCCCCCCGGACAGCCACACCCUGAGUGAGCAGGAGCUUGACCCGUACUUCAUUACGUAUGAGGCUUCGAUUAAGGAGCUGGAGCAGCUGCUGUCUGGUUCUAUGGAGAAGGUCAACCGCCGGACUUUGAGCCACCUAUCCGCCCUUGCUGCGGAUCUUUGUGAGCUGGGCUCCAAGUUCAAUGCGUUUGCGCUUUCCGAACAAGCACCUUCACUUGGACCAGCCCUGGAGAGGGUUGGCCAAGCGGCGGACUCCUCUUACAUCGCAACGGAGGAGCUCUCCGGCUCACUUGGCGCCAGUUUUGCGGAACCAAUGCGCGAGAAUGCGCAGUUCGCAGGCGUGGUUCGCAGCGUGCUGAAGUACAGGGUGCUGAAGCGGGUGCAGCAGGAGCAGACGAGCGACGAGCUCAGCAAGAAGAUUGCAUUGCUCGACCAGCUGGAGCGAAGCGAAGCGGAGGCCAAACGCAUAGAGCAGUACCUGAGCAGCAGCCAGCAGAUCGCGCCAGCGCCGAAGCGAUCAACCAGUCUUAGGGAGGCCAACUCUUCACACCACCAGCGGGAGGGCAGCGCCGAGGACACGGCGUCUAUCGACUCAGACUUUCCGCCCACCCACGGCGAGCCGGUGCCCACCGCAAGUCAAGGGGUUCCCCAGCGAAGCAACUCAACGCCUGGCCAUAAGAAGGCCGCAAGCAGCAAUUCGAUUACGAACAAAAUCUUUGGUCCGAUCCGUCAUGCCAUUCAAGGUGUAGCUGACGUCGACCCCGAGAGAACCCGUCGUGACAUGAUUGGGAAAACACGCGAGAGCAUUGAGCAGCUGGAGCAGGCAAAGGUCGUGUCCGAGCACGACGUCAAGGAGGCCAGCGCCAGUAUCCUGAAGGACUUGAAGCGAUUCCAGUCAGAGAAGGAAGAGGACUUGCGUCGAUACAUGUUGGCCUACGCCAAAAGCCAGAUCGAAUGGGCAAAGAAGAACAAGGAGACCUGGGAGGAUGCCAAAGCUGAAGUCAGCAAGAUUGAUGAGAGCUAG